CAGCUUAUAGGCGUUGGAUGAGAUCGUCCUCGCCGAUCUCUGCCGCCUUGUCAAGGCGUGAUUCAGAAGUGUAGUCGAUUGCUCGGGAGCCCAUAAUUGGCCUUGCCCUGCUCUCCAACUCGGGGUGACACCCGGCGACUGGUAUGGAUCAGAACAGCUAAGGAGCCGACAUCAUCAUGUGUUCCCAGUAGACCGACCUAUUUACCCCUCAAGGCUCCCCAGGCAAAUCUCCGCCGUCAAAUCUUUGACUUUGUUGGCAGGCAGACUGAGCACCUGGUGUAACGCCUCGCCCCCUCGAGAGUAGAAAGCUACCCAAGCAUCAUGUCAGAGGUUGACCGUACAUCGACGGCAGACCCGUCAGCCGGCGGGGAAAAGCCAACUGGGAAUUCUCCGUCUGGAGCUGUCGGCGUCGGUCCCCCACUCGAGCAGGUCGACGGCAGCGACCCGGACGAGGCCCUAAAGCUCGUAGCCGCUCGCCAGGGCGAGGCCAUCGUUUGGACGCCCAAGGAGGAGAGAAGGCUGCUCCGGAAGAUCGAUCGCCACUUGAUGCCCUUCCUAUGUAUCGUCUAUGGGCUGAAUUAUUUGGACAAGACUACCUUGUCCUAUGCUUCCGUCAUGGGGAUCAAGACGGAUAUCCAUCUCGUAGGCCAGGACUACUCUUGGAUAGCGUCGAUGUUCUAUUUCGGGUAUCUCGUCUGGGAAUGGCCGACAAACCGCCUUCUCCAGCGACUCCCGUUGGCGAAGUACUCGGCGUUCAACGUGAUCAUGUGGGGCCUGAUGCUCUGCUGUCUGGCGGCUGUGAAAGACUUCAAGGGCGCGAUGGUGGUGCGGUUCUUCCUCGGCGUAUUCGAGGCUGCCGUCAGCCCGGGAUUCGCCCUUUUCACAUCUCAGUGGUAUACCAAAAAGGAGCAGGGGAUGAGGGUGGCAUGGUGGUUUAGUUUCAACGGCUGGGGUCAAAUAGUAGGAGGCUUCGUCGCGUACGGAAUCGCCGUGAGGACAGAACGCCAUCCCAUCCUCGUCAAGUCGUGGCAACUGGUUUUCCUCGUCACCGGCUUCUUCACAGCCUUUAUGGGCGUGUUGUUCCUCUGUUUCAUGCCGGACAACCAACUGAACGCCCGGUUCCUGACGCAAGAGGAGCGGGUGAUGGCCGUCGAACGUAUCCGCGUGAACCAGCAGGGCGUAGGCAACAAGCACUUUAAAUGGUAUCAGUGUCGGGAGGCGCUUACAGACCCUAUGAUCUGGGCUUUCGCCCUCUAUAGCCUUAUUUCCUCCAUCCCCAAUGGCGGAAUGUCGAAUUACUUCUCGCAACUCAUUGUCUCGUUCGGAUUCUCGGAAACCCAAUCUCUUCUCUUGGGAGCUCCUGGUGGCGCCGUUCAGGUCGUCACUCUCCUAGUGGCUGGGCACUUCGGGGACCGGCUCCAGAGUCGCAUCCUCUGCGGCGCCGCCGGCGUCCUGCUAGGGGCUUUGGGCCUGUCCCUCAUACUCUGCCUGCCGCUUGAGAAUAGCACGGGCAGGCUCAUGGGGUAUUAUUUAUACUACACCAUGGCGACUGGCUUCGUCACCUUGCUCGGUCUCAUCUCCACAAACGUGGCAGGCUGGACGAAAAAAACCACCGCCGCGGCGAUGUACUUAGUCGCCUACUGUAUAGGCAACAUCAUCGGGCCCCAGGUAUUCCAGUCGACCGACGCUCCACGAUAUCGCAACGCAAAUAUCGUGGCCCUUGUGUGUACAUGCGUCGCGUUCACCAUCUUUAUAUUCAUCAACUUCUGGUGCAGACGCCAAAACAAAGUCAAGGCUGCCAUCCGUUCUCUCCCCACCUACACUAAGGCGGACGGGCAGGAAUUUCUCGAUCUAACAGAUAGGGAAAACCCCGAGUUCAUAUACAGCCUGUAAGGUACCGGCCACACGGUGAGGGGUAUGCCACGCAGUUAGCCUAUGGCGCUUCGGACAAGCGAGCUAUCGUCAUUGGAGCCGUCGAGUUGGGGGGAGACCCCCAUUUCAAGGGGGGAUUGUAUUGUGAUAACCAGCUAACAGACGUACCCCUAUCCAAUACAAGGCAUCGCAGGGGAACUAUCGGGUAUGGCUAGGAGAUGAGCCGGAGAAACAAGUAC